AUGUCCUUGCUCUCACCAGGGGAUGAAGAUGAACCAGAGCGUUUUGAUGGUCUUUCUCUCUUGUACUGGACUAUUAUGGGCCCUCAUGGAAUCAAUCGAGCUGUUCACCGCAUUUCUUUUUCUGAUUGUCAAAAUGGAUUAGGAGUUAAAAUUAUUGGAGGUUAUCGGGCACAAACAGCAGAAGAUUAUGGGAUUUUCAUAAAGAGAAUUCUACCUGGAGGGGUUGCUGCUGUAGAUAGCCGUUUGCUCACUGGCGACCUAAUUUUGGAUGUUAAUGGAGAAAACUUAAUUGGAGUAACCAAUGAAAGGGCUGUUGACAUCUUGCGAACAGCAUCAGCAUCCAAUCACGUGUCUCUGCUAGUUGCCAGAGAUGAAGAAGCAAAGAAAGAAUUUCUUGACCUGAUGGAUAAGUAUGGCUCUCACAGUGACACCAGCUCUGCAAGAAGUUCUCCAACGCAACUAUUAGCUGCAAAAUCUAUAGACAGCCCUUCUUCUGGCUCAUCCUCGAGGUCACAGAGUCCUCAGUUGCAUCCAAAGGAUAAUACCAUGACCAUCAGCAGAAAUAAUUCUGUCCCAGCACCAUCCCCAAAGCUUGCAAAAGAUAGUGCAUUUCAGAUUAUCUCUGUUUGCAGAGGAACAAGCCUAGGUUUGAACAUCGUUGGAGGAAUUAACAGAAAUGAAGGGCCUUUGGUAUACAUUCAAGAAAUUAUCCCUGGUGGUGACUGCCAUAAGGAUGGACGGUUGAAGCCUGGAGAUCAACUUGUGUCCAUAAAUAAAGAGUCAAUGAUUGGUGUCUCCUACGAAGAGGCAAAAAGUAUAAUCAACAGAACAAAGAUGAGGUUUGAAAGUUUUUGGGAGAUAGCUUUUAUUAGACAAAAAAAUAUUCCCAGUUAUUCAGAGACUCUGCAACGUCCUUCCAGUCUCUUAAUGUCUUCUAUAACAUGUGGAGAGCAACUUAGUCCUCUUGAAUCUCCUAAUGGGAAGCUUGUUUCAAUGUUCACUCCAAAUGCUACGGAAACUGGAGUCAAGAUGGGAGAGCAGUCUCCAAUUACUUCUCUAGACAGCAGUCCUACUGAUGUGUCUGCCUCUGUUAUUGCCCCCAGCCAGAAUGAUGAUCUUGAGCUGCAAAGAAGAGACUCUACUUUUCGUCUCAAACUAGAAAAGCUGGAGAGGGCAUUGAAUUAUCUUGGGAUUCAGCCCACAGAUGAACAGCAGCAAGCCCUAAGGCAGCAACUUCAGAAAGAUUCUAAAGGAACAGUAUCUUUUGGAGAUUUCGUUGAAGUAUCAAGGAAUCUGUUCUCUAUGCAAUUGAAUGCAACAGAUGAUGGUGAAAAAUUUGUAACAUUUGGGGUCAAUGAAAUUGCCAGCUUACUGGAUUCACAGUUUGUAACCUGUGAUUCUUUGGAGGAUGACAUGGAAAGACUUAAGAAAGAAAGAAAUGAAGCUUUAAAAGAAAUUAGUAAAUUAAAGGAAAAAUUGUCUGAAUCUGUGAAUGUACAGAAACAGUUGACAGAGGAGCUACAAAUAGUCAAGCAAGAAGCCAAGGCAGCUGUAGAAGAGACAAGAGCCCUGCGAAGUAGGAUUCAUCUUGCAGAAGCUGCACAAAGGCAGGCUCGUGGAAUGGAGAUGGACUAUGAAGAAGUAGUUCGCCUAUUAGAAGCUGAAAUUGUAGAGCUGAAGGCUCAGCUCACUGAUCAUUCUGGCCAAAAUAAAGAUAACAUCCAAGACUUGAGAAAGAGGGUUACAGUGCUUGACUGCCAGCUGCGGAAAUCAGAAUCAGCUAGGAAGACCUUUGAGGUGGCUACCGAAAAAUUGCUACAAUUUGUGGAGGUUGUGCAUGAAAUCCUUUCAGAUAACUCUACUUCCUCAACAAUUUUAAGUGACAGAAGAACAACAUUAUCUACUAAAGCACUUCUAGCACGGUUGGGAAAGAUUGGACCUCCUGCCACGACAGCUCUAGCAGCAGAAGCCAGAGACCUUGCCAAGUCUGUCCGUGCCAUUUUGGAAGUAGAUAGUCUGCCUUAUGGAUGGGAAGAAGCUUAUACAGCAGAUGGAAUCAAAUACUUUAUCAACCAUGUGACACAGACAACAUCAUGGAUCCAUCCUGUAACAAGCGCACUAAGCUUGCUUUGCUCUGAGGAUGAUGACGAUGGAAUCAGAGAGCUUCCUGGGUCCAAGAGCUGA